AUGGAUGUGUUGACUUCAACGAUCCUAGAUGGGUUGCAUGUGGCUAACAUGGCACUUCGUUUUAUCUGUGGUCUUGGCUCGGGAUCUGUCAUCAAAAAUCCGUCAUUUUAUUCCAAGCUGGAUUCAAGCCUGGCAGAAAGUUCCACACUGAUGUCCGACUGUUCGCAAACCGAUGAAUCCUCGAUAACCGGUGGAACUAGGUCUUCGGAUAUCGGUGUACUCAGUGCACGCGCCAAGCGUCUGUUGCGACGUGUGCACAAGGAUAGUGAGACAAGCAGCUUGUUGGAGGCAGUCUAA